GAUCAGGAUGCUGCUGAUGCUGAUGCUGAAUUUUCUAAGGCGUAACAAAAGGUUCAGUUUACAACGCCUCCCUUGCUCCCUUUUUAUGCGCCCUACGUAGUUAGCUUCUGCCCCUUUAUAGCGUACUAUUUAGUAAUUGGCGAGUCGUUUGGGAUUAUACCUGGGGGUUUUUUGUCAUUUAUUUAAGGGCCAGUCUCUAUCAACCACGAAAAACGCUGAUCACAACGUGCAUAAAGGAAGAAAACAAAGUAUAUCUCAAGAUGUCUGACAGAGGCGACCUGAAAGCUGAACUUGAGCGCAAAAAACAGCGUCUUGCCCAGAUUCGAGAGGAAAAGAAAAGAAAGGAGGAGGAGAGAAAAAAGAAAGAGUCAGAGGUACAGCAAAAAGCAGAGAAUACAUCAGAAGAGUCCGAUCUUGACCGGAAAAGAAAAGAGACAGAGGCUCUUCUGCAGAGCAUCGGAAUUUCACCAGAACCACCUUUAGUCCCAACCCCUAUGUCUCCCUCUUCGCUAUCAGUGAGCACGUCCAGUGAGGCCGGGAGCCAGGAGUCAGUGAAUGGAGGCGGUAUGACCAGGACAUUGCAGUGGGAUACAGACCCCUCAGCUCUUCAGCUCCUAGAAGACUGCGAGCAUGGUUGCAGGAUGCGGAGACUUGGAGCAUCAAAGAUUGUUCAGGUUGAUUACAUGCCCAAGGAACUUGUGACAUACUGUAAAGAGACCCAGACUCCUGUAGCACUAGAUCACUCUGAAGAAGAAGAAGAGGAUGAGGAGAUCCCAUCAGACAAACCUAAACUGGAUUCAGAUGAACAUCAGGAAGAACAAACUCAGGAGACCAAGCAGGAUCAUCCUAGAGAGCUCACAGAGGAGGAGAAGCAGCAAGUCGUUCACUCUGAGGAUUUCCUGCUGUUCUUCGACCGUAGCAUUCGGGUGAUGGAGCGGGCACUAGCUGAGGACUCUGAUAUAUUUUUUGACUACAGUGGGCGUGACAUGGAGGAGAGAGAAGGGGACACACAGGCAGGAUUAAAUCUGUCCUUUAGCCGUCAGUUCUAUGAUGAGCAGUGGGCAAAACAUCGAGUCGUCACCUGUCUGGAUUGGUCACCGCAGUAUUCAGAAUUACUGGUGGCUUCAUACAAUGCCAACGAGGAUGCUCCACAUGAACCGGAUGGUGUUGUGCUUGUCUGGAACAUGAAGUUUAAGAAAACGACCCCAGAAUACAUAUUCCACUGCCAGUCCUCUGUGAUGUCAGUGUGCUUUGCACAGUUUCAUCCAAACCUAGUGGUUGGGGGGACCUACUCUGGCCAGAUAGCACUGUGGGACAAUCGAAACCACAGGAGGACUCCGGUCCAAAGGACACCUCUCUCUGCUGCUGCUCAUACUCAUCCUGUGUACUGUGUAAAUGUGGUGGGAACCCAAAACGCCAACAACCUGAUCACUGUGUCUACAGAUGGCAAGCUAUGCUCAUGGAGUUUAGACAUGCUCUCUCAGCCACAGGAAAGCAUGGAGCUGGUCUAUAACAAGUCUAAGGUAGUAGCCGUUACUGGAAUGGCUUUUCCUUCUGGUGAUGUGAAUAACUUUGUGGUCGGCAGUGAAGAAGGGACAGUGUACACAGCCUCACGACAUGGCAGUAAGGCUGGUAUCGGGCAGAUGUUUGAAGGGCACCAGGGCCCAGUGACUGGUAUUAGCUGCCAUAAUGCUGUGGGCUCUGUUGAUUUCUCCCACCUCUUUACUACCUCAUCCUUUGACUGGACCGUCAAACUGUGGUCAACUAAACAUAACAAACCACUCUACUCCUUUGAGGACAAUGCUGACUAUGUCUACGAUGUCAUGUGGUCUCCUGUGCAUCCGGCUUUGUUUGCCACAGUAGAUGGAAUGGGUCACUUAGAUCUCUGGAACCUCAAUAAUGACACAGAAGUUCCUACAGCAAGUGUUACAGUGGAGGGCUCUUGUGCUUUGAACCGGGUUAGGUGGUCGUCAGGAGGCCGUGAAAUUGCAGCAGGUGAUUCGGAGGGUCGAGUGUGGGUCUACGAUGUUGGAGAGCUGGCAGUGCCACAUUCUGAGGACUGGAGCCGACUUGCCCGUGUUCUUAUGGAGAUUCGAGCAAAUGGAGAAGGAGAAGAGGAAGAUGUCCUAGAAGUGACAGGCUAAAAAUGUAGCUUUUGUGUAAAUUACACAUCAGCCAUAACAUUAAA